AUGUAUAACGCAAAUAGCAUACAAAGAAAAACUCAGUUGGAAUUUACUAUGGAAACAAUGAGGAACAAUCCGAAAAGAUAUAUGGGAAUUAAUGUAGAAUCAGUUCAUUUAUUGAAAAUUUUAUCGGAUGCUACGGAACUUUCAGAACGCGACCUCUUUCUGAUAUUGAGAAAAGUGAGACGUGACGAGCCAUAUUGGCAGUUGGCUGAUUGCUUUUCUAUAAGUAUCACAUCAGUUAGUCGAAUUAUUUCGGAAAACCUAAAUAUACUCAGUGAAGCGUUAGAAGAAUUCAUUAUUUGGCCAGAACUAGAAGAAAUUCAGUACAACCUACCAAGAAGUUUUAAACACCGAUACGCAGCAGUAAACACGAUUAUUGACUGCUUCGAAAUCCAGAUUCAAAAACCGUCACAAGCCGUUCAUCAAACAUUGACAUAUUCAAUGUAUAAAAAAUGUAAUACCAUUAAAUAUUUAAUAGGUUGUUUGCCAGACGGUACAAUUAACUUUGUAUCAAAAGGUGCUGGAGGAAGGAUUUCGGAUGUAGAAUUAGUAAGGGUGAGCGGAUUUCUCGAAAGAUUAACUCCGCAUACAAUGGUGAUGGCCGAUCGCGGAUUUAAACAGGUCGAAAAUGAGCUGAGAAAACAUAAAUGUGUUUUGGUAAGACCGCCUAGUACAAUUGCUAGUGAAACGAUGUCCAAACAACAAGUUCUUGAAAACAAAAGGAUUGCUAGUCUACGGAUACAUGUGGAAAGAGCAAUAGGAAGACUGAGGGAGUUCGCUAUACUAAAACCACAUGCCACUGUUGAUGCAAAAUUGGUGUCAAAACUAGAUUUGUUUGUGAAUAUAGCGUGUGGUUUAAGCAAUGUGCAAAAUAAUCUUAUUAAAGAAUGA